AUGGGGAGAAUGCUUUAUAAACGAAGUUACGUAUGGGAGGGUGUUAACAGAUUUGCUAUUCUAGAUAACUUGAUUGAUAAGGAUUCCAAUGAUAAGGAUUCUAGUGAGAAACAUCUAGUAGAUAAGGAUGAAACAAAGAUAGGUCCACAUGCUAAAAGAGAUCGGGCUACGAUAAAUGAGAGUAACAAAGAAAGAAGGCUAGAACCUAUUUCAUAA